AUGAGCGACGUGACGGUGGAUGCGUACAAGGUUGGGGAAUCGACCAACAUCAAGUGGCACGAGGGCGCGGUGGAUCGGGAGACGCGCGAACGCGCGUUGGGACAGCGGGGAUGCGUGUUGUGGUUCACCGGAUUGUCGGGAAGCGGGAAGUCCACGGUGGCGUACACGCUGGAGCACGAACUGUUCAAGCGCGGGAAGAUCGCGCAGGUGCUCGACGGGGAUAACAUUCGUCACGGGUUGAACUCCAAUUUGGGGUUCACCGCGGAGGAUCGCGAAGAGAACAUUCGAAGAAUCGGUGAGGUGUCGAAACUGUACGCGGAUAGCGGGAUGAUCACGCUCGUGAGCUUUAUCUCGCCGUAUAAGCGGGAUCGCUUGCGCGUCCGCGAACGCGUCGGCGACCGCUUCGUCGAGGUGUACAUGAAGAUUCCUUUGAGCGUGUGCGAGGAUCGCGACCCAAAAGGGUUGUACAAGGCCGCGCGCGCGGGUAAGAUUAAGGGUUUCACCGGAAUCGACGAUCCGUACGAGGAGCCGGAGAACGCUGAGAUCGAGAUGGAGGUCGCCAAGGAGGACGGCGUCUUGGCGCCGCCGAGAGAAAUGGCGGAGAAGAUCAUCGAAUACCUGGAUAAAAAGGGUUUCUUGAAGGCGUAA